AUGGCAGGGGUCUGGAGGGCACUAAUGCUAAUGGUGGCCUUGACCAUCAUGAGCUGUGAGGCUUACCGCAGACUGAGCUAUGAGAGCGUUGUCACUCAGGCACUGCAGUUCUUCAAUCAGGGACGAAUAGGAGAGCCUGUCUUCCGCCUGCUGGAAGCCAUCCCACCACCACGCUCGGUGACGAUCCCUCUCAACUUCAGGAUUAAAGAGACUGUGUGCCUUUCAACCCAGCAGAGACCUCAGCAAGAAUGUGCUUUCAGGGAGGGCGGGGAGGAGCGAAACUGCACUGGCAACUUCCUCAUGGUGCGGCAUUUUCGCAUUCUAGCAGUGGACUGUUCCAGGGACCGUGGGCGCCAGCAAGAGGGCCUCCGGAACAGGCGCUCUGCCGAAUCCUCCCAGGACACCCCUCCAGAGGCCAAGAGCACCAAGCUACCACCUGUGGUCAGGAACCUGUAUGAAAGAGCCAAGUAUGACAUCAUCGCCAACAUCCUAAGGAAUUUCUAG